UUUUUUAAAAAUUCGGUUCCAGGUGUAAAAAAAAAUAACAAAAAAAAAACUAUAAUUGUUUCCGGUUACAAGAAUAUUUACGGUUUAUAUUUACGAUUAUUAGCCUUUUUUUUGUCACCAUGUCAAAAAAUUCAAAGCCCAAUAAUGUGAGAACACAUUUAUCUCAGGGUUUGCUUUCAACAAGCAGUGGGAUUUAUAGAGAUUUAGCAGUUACAAAUUCUUCCAAACAUUUCAAAGAUAAACAUUUACCAGAAAAUUUUAAUGAUGAGGAACCAAGAAAAACAACUCCACUAAAAAUUGAACUUCCGUCUUAUAAAAAACAUGAAAGAGACUCAUUCUCUGACUCAGAAACUGAUAAAUUUUUAAGUUCAUCAAUGACUUAUGAUAUUCCGAUAGGAUCGCAUGACAAUGAAAAAACUAUGGUUGAAAAUACUGUCAAGAAUUUUCCUUUAUUUAAAACUGGUAAAAGUAACGACUUCUCAUUUGAAAGAUGGCCAAGUGAAAAACUUACUAAAUCGAUUGAAUCAUUAGAGUUAACAGAAAAUGUGAAUAAAAACUCAGAAAAUAACUUUAAAAAAGAUGUAAUUGCUGAUGGUUCUAAAAAAAAGAAAAAAUUUCUUCCUGUUCAGUCAAGAUAUAAACAGUUACUUGAAAGGAAGGAAGAUGCAAGUUCAAGAACUAUUGAUAUUAGUGCAAUAUAUCCCCAAAAUAUUCAGACAGUAAAUAAUUAUAAAAAGAAAAAUUGUGUUACUUCUACACCAUUUUUAGCAAGUUCUGUAUGUAAUCAGCAAUAUGAUGGUAGCAUCUUGGAUCAGUCUAAGUUUAAGCUUGAUGAUACUGCUAUUUUGAAUCAAGAAAUCGUCAAAAAAAUAUCAAUGGUUAAACAAAAUAAAAAAGAUAAUGUGAAAGGUCCCAUUAAAGUAUACAAGCCUGUAAUUGAAUUGGACCAGCUAACAAUUGACAUUUACAAUGCAAGGUUGUUACAAAUUACUUAUCUGCAUCUUCAAGCUCAAAGAGCUUUUGAAAAGCAGGAGGAGAAAGUCAAGGAGCAAAUUUUUACAAUUUGGGCUGCCAAUCGAAAAUUAGAAAAAAAAGUUGAAGAACUUAAUCUUUUUUUGGAAACUCAGAAAUUGUUGCUCUCUGUUGAACAGCUGCUAAACUCACAGAUUUCAGGAUUAAAACCUUUAGCUUCACAAUUAUCGAAAUUAAAUAAAUUGGCUUCUAAAUUCUCAGAGAUUUUGGAAAAAAAUUCACACAUUCUACCAAUCAGUGGAAUCAGCAAAAUAAAAGAUGAUGAAUUGGUCAGAGCUGUUGAUGAAAGUAAAAUUUAUUUAGAAGAAUUGUAUCAUAUGACUAAAGUAGAACUACCUCAGAUUAAAGAUCUUACCAAAACAAUAUGUACGCUCAAAAACACUUUAGAUUCGGAAAUCAUUGAGCAGCAUAAAUCUGCUGCUUUGCUUUCUGAUUGUGUAUCUCUUUUAAAUCACGAACGUUCUCUACAAGUGCAGCUAAUUCAAUGUUGAAGUUUAUAUGCUUAAACAUGUUUUCCUAUCAGUAAAAUACUGUUAGAAGAAUGUUUACAGUAUUAUUCUGACAGUAUUUACUGUUUACAGCAAACAGAAUGCUUUUUUCAGCAGAAUGUUUAUUUUUGAAAGGUUUUUGCUGUCAAAAGAAUGAAAAACAAAUCAAUGCUAUCACACAGGUUUCUUUAAGCUUGUAUAGAAAAUUUAAGUAUUGUUAAAAAACUAGAUUAUCCAGCAUUUUCUUAGCGUUGUGUGUUAAUUUUAAAUAACCAAACAUUUUUUCAGCGUUGCGUGUUAUUUUUAGAUAACCAACUUGUAAAAACGAUUGUGUUUUUAUAUGAAAAUAAUUUUUCUUGAAUGGAAA